AUGGAGACGAACGGCGACGAGUUGUCUCUGGUCAGGUCCAUCGUGAGGAACCUGUCAUUGGACGAAACUCAGCGUCCAGCCGAUCUGUUCUCUGUCAACGCUACAAAGGACACUGUGAUCAUCCACGAGGAGGCCAUUUUGAACGAUGUUUUCUCAAGAAGCGAGAAAGACUCGUCGUCGACCAGCGGCGUUGAACUGGGCUGGUACAAUGAUUCAACGACGAUAGGAUCGACGUACGGUCUGUCCUCGUCAACAUUCUCCUCGAUAUCCUCGUCGUCGCCCAGUUCUGACAAUUACACCGGCAUAUCGGACCUGUUCGUCUUCGAAGACCUGAACGAUUACAUCAAUCGACUGAACUAUAGCGCUUUCGUGAACCUGACGGCCUACUACGACGGAGGGGCUAAUUUUAACCUGAACGGAACCGUGAACUGCACGUCCUCGAUAGUUGCCGGCACCGGUGCUGGGGUCGUGAGGGAUGCCGGCGAGUGCGGACCUACGACAGACGAGAAGACCAACGCCAACAGCUGGUGGGCUUUAAUCCUCGUGAUCGUACCCUGUUUAACCCUUUUCGGCAACGUAUUGGUGAUCUUGGCGGUGAUCUCCUAG